AUGCAAGCAGGGUUGAAUAGUCAAAUUCACACUCAAAUUACCUUAUUGAAAGAGUUAUUAUCAGGUAUUAAAUAUGAUAAUGAUUAUGGGAAUGUUGUGGAAUCUGAGAAAUCAAUCGUCAAGAUUAGAAAUAAGACAAGAUUAUUAUUAAACUUGGUGGGAUCUAAGAAACAAUUAUCUUUGAACUCUAUGGAUGAAUUAAAUGGUGUGAUUACUGGAUUGGAACAGGAUAAGUCUCAACAAACUAUUGGAAGUCUUACUAAUGACGAGGGAAUGUGGUAG